AUGAGGUUACAGGAACAUUCACACCAAGUUCUUCUGAGGUAUGACCGACACUGUAUCAGUCCUCAGAGUCUUUACAGUCGAGAUCCUCCAAACCGCCGCUCCCUGCAGAGCGAGAUGCAGGAAGUUCAGCAACAUCACAGACCUCUGGACGACAUAAGCCUCCCGUCCCUCCACACACACAGUGAUGAUAUUCAGAGCAUCAUUCACAGGAUCAAGAGUGCAGAAAGAGCUCAUCUUCUGCAUAAUAAGUAUCCUGAGAGGGACUCUGCUCCUGUAGAAACACAGGACAGGCCUUUUCCUCACCGCCAGCAGCAACAGGCAAGCAUCAAGCAGCAGCUUGUCAAUGUGCUGCAGGAGCUGGAGCUGCACAAGUGUGUGUGGGAGGAGAAAGGGGAGAAGGUGGAGGAUCUUUUGAGAGCCCAGGAGAAAGAGCAAAAGCAAAGUCAGCCUGGCAGCCAGACUCAGAUCCAGGAGGGCAAGAAGGUGGCCGUGGUGAAUUGGUGGAAAGCCCUCUCCGUAGAGGGGUCUAAGGCCCGGACAAAAGAAACCCAAUCAGUCCAGGAGCUCUCUGAGACACGAGCGAAGCUCCAGCGAGCAGAGCAGACAAUCACUGGUAUGAGGGAGCAGGUCUGCCACCUGCAAGCCUCUCUAAGAUCUGCACAGGAAUGUGUCACUGAGCAAAAGAACAGCAGUAGAGUUCUUCAUAUUGACAAGGGGACCAACACUGAGAGGGAAGAAGCAGACAGAGCCGUGGGGAAGGUGGUGAAGGAUCAGAGGGAUGCAGCUGUGGCCACGGAGAUCUCAGGAGGAGCGGCCUCAGAGCAGGGGCAAACCCAUCUUCAGGUGACCACAGACGGACUUCUGGCGACCCUCAGAAGGAUGGAGGCGAUGGUCAGCAACGCCCUGGAGACCGCCGAGCUGGUGAGAGAGAGCGAGCAGAGGGUGAGCCAGGUGAGAGUGAGGAUGGAGAGCAUCACUCAGAGGGUGGAGGAGGCUCUCGGCCGGGCAACCGACACUGACCAGCAGCUGAGUGUCCUGGAGGCAAGGAUCGCAGAAACAGCUCCAAAUCAGUCUCGAGGUCCCAGUUUGCCAGCUGAUCCUGGACCAGCCUCUGCAUGCUUUACAGCUGAGUCCGACGUGGAGCCUGAAAGCAGAGACAGAACGGAGAGUCCUCCCCUGUCUCCUGUAAUCCCAGAUGUCAGCCAGCCUCCACAGCCAUCCAUGAAUGGUGGCACAGAACGAGGCAGCUGCAGCGAGGAGGAGGAGAAACACUUGCUGCAGGGAUCUCCUCUUGAACAAAGUGACCGUAACUCCAAGGAGUCCCGUGACGGCCCCUGUGCUGCUGAGAGACCUUUCGUUUUCCCCCACACCCGCUCUCGCCCCUCGCUGCCCCCCGCCAUGCCCACACUGCCUGAGGAAGAGGAGGACUCCCCCGAGGAACUGGACAGUUCCUCCAGCUCUCCCAGUACCUCUACACCAGGUGAAACCCGCGCUGUCGUCAUGACUGCCCCGACCAUCGUCUACCCACAGCAGGCCACCAUUGUCCAACAAGAUGGACGUCCUCUGGAACAGGCCAGGCCACACAGUCCCAGAGCUCGCCUGAGCAGGAACUCCUCUGGAGGACCCAUCACCACAGUCGACAGCACAGGUAACGUGAUCGACCUGGUGAAAGAUCAGCUACCGGAGCUGCAGCUCUCUGAGGAGGAUCGACAGAAGAACCUGGAGCUGCUCGAACAGGCCAAGAAGGUCAGUGACCGCUUCUUGACGCGCCGCGGCCGCCGCUCCACUAGCAGCCUCAACGAUUCACCCACAGGUCCUUCCCCAACUCCAACUCCAUCAUCUUCACCAUGUUCAUCUAGAAGCAGCUCACUGACUAUAGCCCCGCAAACUGCUGCAGGAGCCUCAGAAUCAACCCAUGUCAGCUCAUGUCAGUCUGUUGCUCAGCAUCUGGAGGUUCCUUCAGUGCGAGAGCAGCAUGACGUAACGACCUAUGAUCAGGAGGGCAGGCUGUUGGUGGACUGGAAGCCUGUUGAGAAAAGGAAAGUGUCCUCUGGGACUCUAACGCCCCGUUUUGCUGUUCAGAAGGAGAACUGUGAUCCCUCUGUACCUAAGAGUCCUCCAGCAGUCCAUAAAGCAGAUGAGGGAGCUGGUUCAGGCCAAAACUCCAACCAGGCCCCCGCCACAGGAGUAGCCAAGCCUGUCCCCCGACCCCCCACUCAACAGGCCCCCUGUACAGCAGAGAUCAAGACAAUUGGGGCUUUCCCUCCACUAAUGAGAGCUGUUUCCUGGGAUGCGGUGGGCAGCCUUAAUUCUAGAAACGGAGCCCCAAGUUUCCCUCCUACAGCGGAGGACACCUUCUCAGACAAGCCCAGAGAUGCUCUCUUGAAGUCCUCAGGGUACAAAGACCUCCCCACCCAGCCUGGGAGUGUACAGAAGCUGUCUAAACUUAGAGAGGAACACAAGCUGAUACGUAACCAGAGCAUAGUGGGAUCCAAGUUACCAGACUUGAGUGAAGCUGCUGAACAGGAAAAAGGUCAUCAGCCCUCUCCGAACUCAGCCAGCAGUGUGGAGAUGAAGGAGAAGUCUGACGCAAUGCCGAACAUUUCAGAUGUGAUGCUGAGAAAACUGAAACUUCAUCGGGGUCUGCCAGGCUGUGCACCUCCACUGACUGAAAAAGAGGUUGAGAAUGCAUUUGUCCAGCUGUCACUGGCCUUUCGUAAUGACAACUACACUCUGGAGACACGGCUCAAACAGGCAGAGAGGGAGAGGAACCUGACUGAGGAAGACACAGAGAAGGAACUAGAAGAGUUCAAAGGAGCAUUGAAGAUGACUGCACCACAGUGGCAGAACCUGGAACAGCGUGAAGCCUACCAGUGCCUCAUAGAGACAGUAGCAGUGCUGCACCGCCUGGCCACGAGGCUCUCCAGCCGAGCGGAGAUAGUUGGAGCAGUUCGCCAGGAGAAACGUAUGAACAAGGCCACUGAGGUCAUGAUGCAAUAUGUGGAAAAUCUGAAGAGGACGUAUGAAAAGGACCAUGCUGAGCUGAUGGAGUUUAAGAAGCUGGCCAACCAGAACUCAAAUCGCUGUUAUGGAGGGUCCGUAGACACUGGAGAUGAUGGAGUUCCACGACCGUCAAGAUCAAUGUCCCUCACCCUUGGAAAGGCUCUGCCCAGACGCAGGGUGAGCGUAGCAGUGGUGCCUAAGUUUAACCUUCUGAACAUCCCAGGUCAGACCCCAGCCACAGCCGGCCCGGGCCCCAACCCGGCCUCAGGCCCCUCUGUGGGACCCACCACUGGCACUGCUCUUCCUGUCCUGUGUGAAGCUAAUGAUGUGAAAGGCAGUGCUUCCACAGAGGUGGCACAACCAGCAGCAGAAUGUGGAAAGAGUGUGUCGGAGCAGGAAAGUGAGCCAGCCAAGCCUUCAGUCAACUUAGAGGAGAUCAGAGCCGAGAUCAGAGCUGAGCUCAAGGCAAAGAUCGAGGAGGAGGCAUACAAUAAAGGCUACCAAGAGGGACUGAAGCAAAGCAAAGCACUCCAGGAAGAGAAGCAUGAAGAAGAAAACAGCGCUGAGAAACUGAUGGAAUCAAAAAAUAAGGAUGAGGAGAGUGGAAGGAAGAUGAAGACGAGCAGGAGGAUGGAGGAGGUCCUGGUUGUUCUUGGUCGGUUUUCUCCCACGAUUUCCUUGAGUAGGCGACUUCUCUGGAUCGCCCUGACACUCUUUGUGGUGAUGUGUCUGGUUAUCAGUAUUUUUACAUUCUUCAGUGAUUACUACAACAGACGCGAGGACACGUAAGGAGAGAAGGACUUUGUGCUAGGCGAGAUAAAGAUCAUUGGACUGAGUGUAGUAGCACAACCAAAGAACCCCACUACAAAAUAACAGAGGCUGCUGUCUGUCUUCGUCUCUGUUGAUUUACCAUAUCAUCACACUUGGACUCACUUGAAUCCAUGACCCUGACUCUGAAGGGUCAGAGACGUUCUGGGAGGCUUUAUGGAUAAUGUUGCCUUUGUCAUGGUUAACAGCAUUAAGUUAUGAUUUUGUUUGGAUUGAAAAGUCGACACAUUGUUUGCUGCAGCGAUAAAAAAGAUCAUUUUGUUUAGGGACCAAUUAUAUAGUGUGAUUAAAAAAUAUAUAUGUAUUUAAAUUAGGUGCAUACAUAAUGAAGUUCUGGUUAUUUGGAUGAUGAAUAUGGCACUUUCCAUUAAAUUCUACAGUAGAAAAAAAUUGUGUAUAUUUAUCUACACUCUAAUGUUAAAGUAUAAUCUCUCAGGUCCAAUAGAUAAUAGAGACCCUGAGAAAUUCUGAAUUCAUAUUUAAAGAUAUAGAAAUUAAAGGAUUGUUUUUAUUUGUUUUUUAGGUUCUAUAAUGUGUAUUUAAAGACUUUAAUAUAAGCACAUUCCAAAGUAGUUCCUUAAGUGCAAUAUUUUGCAGUUGAUGGUUCUCGUUUGUGCCAUUUUGGAUUGUGUCUUCAGAGCACUGAGAGAUUUUCUUCUUGUAUGAGAGCACUGUUUAGAUGGCAUGAGACUUAUUUUUACCUUCUUUGCACAUGUGUGCCUGCCUGUGUUGUUUGUUCUUUGUGGAUUUUAUGCUCUGCCACUUCACCUUUAAAUAAAGGUGCCUG